AUCUUACAAAAUUAUUGAUUCGUUUGCUUCAGUCCAGUUCGUCCAACAUGCGUCUCUUAUUUAUGUCGAUAUUUGUCGUCGCGUCGAUGACGGUGUCGGCAGAAAUUGAUAAAGACAUUUCAUCUUUGUUCGAACCAACAACUGUCAAAAUAUAUACAGCCGCUACAUACGCCCCUCCAACAUCUAACACGACAGAUUCAAGUAUGAAAUUGAAGCAAGCUUGCAUAACCGAGGAUAACCAGGCCGGAUAUUGUGUAAACCGGAUUCUCUGUAAAAACAAAACCAUCGUCACCAAGGGGACGGGAUUGAAGCCAAGGUCUUCCGCCAGCCCUUGCCCGCUGUCACAAGUGUGUUGCGCUCCAAAAUCGUCGGUCAAUACUCCUGCUCCUCCUGUUACAACUGCUCCAUUGAUAAAGACAUCCAUCACUCCAUCCACCACAACCUACACAAAGGGUUGCGGAUACAGAGGUGAAAUAUUAAGUCGUGUGAGUGGUGGUGACGAGGCCCAGUUCGCAGAGUUCCCUUGGGCCGUACCAAUAUUUAAGGUUGAGGACGGCAAGGAGGUUUAUGUCUGCGGCGGUUCCUUGAUUCACCCACGCUUGAUCCUGACGUACGCGAUCAGAUUCACCAGAGGCGGACGGUUCGUGGUCAAGCCGGGAGAGUAUGAUAUUCACGUAGACAGCGAGAUAGCCGGCCAUCAGACUAUUGAAGUUACCAAAAUGAUUCCACAUAAAAAUUUUAACUCAGGUGGGAUGUUUAAUAACAUAGCUAUACUGGUGUUAAAAGAAGUAGUUAGGAUAGACCCUACUAGUAUAUACAAUAACAUUGGAUACGUGUGUCUCCCUACUGCAAACAUCAGGCCAACGCCUGGCACGAAAUGUAUAGUGACCGGUUGGGGUAGUGCCAACAUAACGGACGUAACCCCGCGUAAUAUACCGAAGAUGCUGGAAGUGCCAAUGGUUGCUUUUGAUGUGUGCCAGUCGCUUGCGCGGAUGCAUGUGAGACCUGAAUACGUACUCCAUACAUCGCUCAUGUGUUUCGGCGGGAACAAGGAUGAGGAUAGCUGCAGAGGAGACGGUGGAUCCCCGCUAGUGUGUCAGUACCCGGGUGAGAACCGGUAUUAUCAAGCUGGCAUAGUCUCGUGGGGCCCUUAUUGUGGCAAGAAGGACAUGCCCAGUAUGUACACCGAUGUAGCAGCCCUACGUCCCUGGAUAGAUGAGACGGUGCGAGCUGAAGGAUUCGAAACCAGUUACUAUACACCCCAGGCGACAGAUGAACUAAAGAAACAGUAUUAGUUUGAUUUAUUUUUGUAAAACAAUUCAUGAGUAAAAUGUAUAUAAAGAAACAAUAAAAUGUUUGUUAUGUC